CGGCGUGGAUUAACUUAUCGCAAGAUGAACAGAUACCAAGAAACGCUAGCAAAUUUAAAUAAAUCAUUAGAAAUUAAUCCAAAUAGUGCAAUUAUAUUAGCAGAGCGCGGAGUAACUUAUUGCAUGAUAAACAUGUAUAAAGAAUCACUAGCAGAUUUAAAUAAAUCAUUGGAAAUUUGUCCAAAUAAUGCUGAAGUGUUAAAACAACGUGGAAUAACUUAUCGCAAGAUGAAUAG